AUGGAAGGAGUUGUGCAUGAAGAAGCUACACAAAGAACACCUAAGGCUGGUGUAAAGCUUACUAGUAGUCAAAGGGAAAGUGAGCAAGAAAAUGUGACUGAGUUUGAAGAUAAUGAGGCCAUGUUUGGUUUUCAAGAUUCUGAUGAUGAGAAUUUGGGUUUUACCAUAAAUUCCGAUGGGGAGCUUGAAGAUGAAGGACUGGAAUUCAAUCCCAAAUCCGACAUGAAGAAACCAGAAUUUAAACUAAAACAGAAGUUUGCCACAGUUCAAGUAUUGAGAGAUGCAUUGAGGGAGCAUGCUAUUCAAGGUGGAUGGGAAUAUAUCUUCAUCAAGAAUGAUAAGACAAGGCUGCGGGUUGUAUGCAAGGAGGACAAUUGUCCCUUAUUUCUGUUUGCUUCCAAAAUGCAGCAUGAGAGCACUCUCAUGAUCAAGGGAUAUGAUGGUACACACAAGUGCACAAGAAAAUUUAACAAUAGCAUGGUGAAGCUUAGAUAUUUGACAGCAAAGUUUAAGGACCAGAUUGUGGUUAAUGAGAGUGUGAAGCCAGAAUCUCUUGCAAAAACAAUGUCCUCAACCAUUCGAGCAAGGGUUUCCAACUCAAUGGCAUAUAAAGCUAAAAGGCAAGCUCUGUUGGAAUAUGAGGCAAGCAUUCGAGAGCAAUAUGCAAGGCUUUGUGAUUAUGGCAGGGAGCUUCAAAGGGUUGAUCCAACAACCUCUAUUGAUAUUAAGUGUAGUUUUCCUAAGGGUAGCAAGAGGCCAGUUUUUAAACGGAUGUAUAUUUGCUUGGGAGCUCUAAAAAAUGGCUUCAAGGCUGGAUGCAGAUCUGUCAUUGGACUAGAUGAGGCACACCUGAAGGGACCUUUUGGGGGGCAACUGUUAAUAGCUGUAGCAAUUGAUGCAAAUAACACAUCAUGGGUGGUUGCAUAUGCGAUGGUGGAGCUGGAAACCAAGGAUGCAUGGAUCUGGUUUCUGGAGUUAUUGGUGAAGGAUCUGGACAUUGAACAUGAAGGAAGGGGUUGGGUGUUUAUAAGUGAUAAACAUUUAAUACCUGCAUUUGAAGAGGUAGUCUCAAGGGCUCACAUUAGAUUUUGUGUGAGGCAUAUGUGGACAAAUUUCACAAAGCUCUUUCCGGGAAAGGUCAUGAAGGAUCAAAUGUGGGCUUGUGCCAAGGCAACCACCUUGCCUUAUUUUCAGAAAGAAAUGAAUGAGAUGAAAAGCCUAGAUGAUGAUGCCUACAAGUGGAUGACAGCACCCGAGAGACCAGCUAUACAUUGGUGUCAGGCUUUCUUCAACACAGAUGUGGACUGUGACAUCAUGAUUAACAACAUCUGUGAGAGUUUCAAUGCCUGGAUAUUAGAUGCUAGGGAGACAAACAAGGAAAAGGCUGUUGUGGAUUGUAUUGCAACAUUCAAUGGUGGAGACAUUGCUGAGGUUGACAAUAUUGAGGGAUCAAAGAAUGUUGUGAACCUUGCAAUGAGGACAUGCACUUGCAGGAGGUGGGACUUGACUGGAAUUCCCUGCAAGCAUGCUAUUUCUGCCAUUUACAUGAAGAGGGAAGACCCGGCCGGAUGA